GCAUAAUAGCCGUAUUCUCGUAGAUUAUUCUUCCAUUUCAACUAACUUCCUACCCCGCUGGGCGGCCAUGUAUUCGUAACUCCUGGGCUUGUGCAUGGUCAGGCUUUGAGUACUUGGGGGAACAUUUCUGUCAAUAUGUCCGGCCCAACAGCAACGGACAGCGGUGAGGAUGUCAACGAUUUUCUAAAGCGCAUCAAGGAAUUGGGUGAUAGGCGAGACCAAGAAGACGAAGAGCGCAACAAGAGGCUCGAGGAGGAGAUCUUGCAGGGCAGAAAAGAACGACAGGCACGCCGCGCUGAGCGUGCCAGAUCUAUUUCCCCUACGAAGUCCUCUCCUGCGAAUACCCCAACUGUAUCGCGAAUCUCGGCGGCCCAAGCCAGUGGCAUUUUCCAGUCUUUGUCUCCCCAGAUCAACCCCGAAUGCGCUUCCGAGUCUCGACGCGACACCGCGGUUGGUGAUGAGAUGGAUAGGUUGGCGGGCACCACGAAUUCCCCAACAAAGGAAAAUACUGCACCGUUUGAUGAGGAACGCGUUAUCUCGGAGUCCGAUCUUAUCAGGAAUAUUUCAGUCAAAGCAUCACCAUCAAAUGCUAUGCCCUCGAGAGAUUCACGGCUGUCCUGGCAGCGCCGCCCAAAUUCCCAAUCCCCGGAUCGCCCAAGAAGUCGGCCACUCUCAAUGGUAGCUGCUGAGAACGCUGCGCGAUCUCCGAGAGCUACGCCUGAACCGGCAUCCACAGCAGAGCCAACGCUUUCUCGGGAAGAAAUUUCACAAUCACUGGCGUCCAAAGAUCCUGCGUGGUUCCGGCAGACUGCUGACAGGGGAUUGAAUUCGAAAGCAUACAGACGGAAUCAAGUGGAGGACGAGGACAGAUCGGAUCACGGGUCUAAUUCCUCUCGGGUACAAAUGCCAGGAAUGGGUAGAGAGUCUUCAGAACCCGAGAGAGCUAUUGAUGAACCGAUGGACCGCUCUUCUUCUCCAUCGAGAAGCAGUGCAGGAGUUGGAAGUGGCUCAAAAGCGUCUUAUCAAGCUAGCCCUCGAGUUUCGGGUGGAAUUGGCUCUCCACUUACCUUGACUCCAGCCCAGAAACUCGAACCUCCAGGAGAUUCGAAUUCUGAGAGCCGUAAUUUGGCUAUGUCACCAUCACAAGGCCGAAUCUCACCAGAAAGACUUGAACGGCCGGCUUCUCCUACGAAGGGAAUGGGAGGCUUUGUUCAGAGUGCCAUCAUGAAGAGAUCGGAUAGUGUGAAGAGGUGGAGCGUACAAUCGCCAGCAGGUCUCACGAGGGGCGAUUCGAUUGCUAGUAAUCGCAGUAGCCAAGAUCAUAGCAGCAAUAUGGCUCUGGGUGGCGUCAACUCAGCAGGGAGCUCUAGACCAAGCAGCUUGAGUCGAGACAAUUCACCCCAUCCCAAUUCGAGGCCCGUGUCGAGUCACAGCAAUAAUACCAUCACUCAAGAACGCCCUGGGACAUCCAGCUCUAUGAAAAGCUGUAUUACUGCGUCAACAGCAAGCGAUACGUUUGCAAAGCCUUCUCUUCCCGCUUCACGGACGCAGACUCCAUUGGAAACUAGAAUCGACCAAGAAAAUGCCUCUACCGAGACGCCAACACGGGCCGAAACAACACCCCCUACAAGCCCUUCAAAGACUAUGGACCCGAGGAGAUGGAGUCCGACAAAAUCCAGUUGGCUUGAAAGCGCAUUGAACAAACCCGAAUCUCCUAAGCCCAAACCAAAAGCCGCGCCGCCGUCUCAACAGCCUGCUUGGAUGUCGGAGAUCAAUAAAGCGAAACAGAAAAGCAAUGCUGACCUUUCUCGAAGCCCUCCAACUGGACCAAAACACGAAGUUAGCAUUGGCGGUUUGAUGAGAUCACCACCCCCAGGUGGACUUGCAAAACCUUUGAGCAUAGGAGGACUUCCAACGGGCUUUUCUUCUGGGGCAAUUACGAGAAACCGUCUUGACAGCACUGCUUCUCAAGAAAGCAAAGACUCUACAAAGUCAAACGAUGUUGACAACACUGCCGCUUCAACGACACUCCCUAUCUCGAAGCCCUCGCCCGCCGCCGGCAAAGUCAAACCAAACACUCCCCCGAGGAAAGAUUUUCGUGCAAAUCUAAAAGCUCGUCAGGCUCCAUCGGAAAGCACUUCGAUUGAGCCCGAAUUUAAGAACGUGUUUGGCCAGCUGAGACGCACCAAGACACAGAAUUAUGUUGCACCUGACGAACUUAAGAACAAUAUCACUCGUGGGAAGGCUGCUUUGAACAUUACCGGAGGUCCCAAGAAAACCGAACGUAAGGAUGAUUUCAAAGAAGCUAUUUUGAAGAAGAAAGAAGAUUUCAAGAGGGCACAACUCGAAGGAAAGGGUGUCACAAGGUCUGAAAGUUCUGCUAGCCACGAUUCUGACAUUCCCGAAGCUUUAGCCAAACGGAGAGCUCUUGGAAGAUCUGGAUCUAUUGCGGCCGAAGCAGACCCUGUCACUUCUAAUUUGGCCACAAAAGAGAGCAAAACCGAGGAAUCUGCGAAGGCAUCUACGUUCGUGAAUGAAAAGAGUGCAUCAAGUCAAUUUCAGCCGAAAGAGCCAGCAGGAGGAAAGCUUGCUGGUCGAUUGAACCCUGGACUUGCAGGACUGCUGGCAAGAGGACCCCCGUCAAUGGCUAAUGAUCCCUCUCAGUCAUCGAGUCCCUUUUCUCAACGCACAGUGAGCAUGAGCACUUCCACGUCCAAUACGGAGGCUCCAGAUUCCGGUCCACAGCUCACACACAUGACCAAGGGGCGUGCCAGAGGCCCACGAAGAAAGGCACCCUCUAGUGCACUCUCAGCUACCAUGGCGUCUGACGAGACAAAACCAACUUCAAUGACAAGUGAAGAUCUGACCCCCAAACCGCCACGAAUUGAGACCCGGACGUUCUCGAAACCAAGCGAGAAUGUCCCAGCAAAGCAACAAACAGAUGCUGAGAAUCCCGUAUCGCAACCAUCGUCACCUCGCAAGCUUGACAUGAAAAGACGGUCCCAAUUUCUGCAAGAGGCUCCUGACAUGAACGGGGCGGAAUCGAAACCAGAAGUCUCUGAGCCACUGUCCCCAACCAAAUUAAACUUCCGCGAGACCCCUAUGAAGCUACCAGAGACAAAGUCAGAUACGAAAGUUACGUCACCCACCAAACCAAAGCCCAGCACCCCGGUCAAAUCACCUUCCCUCUUAUCCAAGGAAAAAGUAAGCUUCCCUUUGCAAUCAGAAGAGACCACAAAGGUUCGACCGUCUCUUAUGACAUUUGCGAAGUCAGAUAUGGUUGAAUCCUCCUGUGCUGGACCAGUUGAUCCCAAAACUCCAAGAAGAAACGUAGAUGAUCUCGAAUCAAGCAAGGCGAGCUACAAGGAUUCUGCCGUAUCAGUCAAAUAUGCUGCUGCGUUAUGGGAUCGACCCUCGCCUACAAAGACAACUGGAAAUCAACCGCGUGCCAGAUCACCUAUCAAGCUUCCGACGCAUGAUGAUGAGAAAGCCGCGAUGAUUGAUGCCGGUUUACGACCAACAAAUCCUGUCAAGGGGGGUUCCAUAGGUCUUGGUAUCCAGAGCACAAGAGAUGCAAGAGCAACUCGACCGCUUCCAACGCCACCAACCAAGAGCCCAUUAUCACCGCCUCCUAGUGCGGGCCUUAUGCCUUCCAUUGCGCCAACCAAGUCAAAUGACAGCCCAGUGCCACAGACUUCGGAGGCAUCAAAACUACUUGUUGAUUUCUUUAGAGAUAACAAAUCGUCGAUUCAAUACAAGGUUGAUACAGCGGCAGUGUUGACUUCUCGACCCGAUCAAAGAGGAAAUAUCAAGACACUGCAAUCAACCUUGUAUCAACUUUCCCCUGACGGUAAAAAGCAACAAGUACCAAAUCAUCAAGAGCGAAUCCUAUUUGAAGGAAAUCUUUACCUUUGUUUCCACACUUUUAGCAAUGCGGCUGGCAAGAAAGCAACAGAGUUCUAUUUUUGGAUCGGAGACGAAGUCUUGGACCGAACUGUGGAGGAAGCCGAAGUAUUUGCUCAAAAGGAGGCCAGAAGUGCAGGCGGCAAACUCAUCAAAAUUUGCCAAGGCAAGGAGACGCCCGAAUUUUUCCACGCUUUGGGAGGGAUCAUUAUAGUUCGAAGAGGUUCUGCGAACAGAUACGAUUCUCUUGCGCCCCAUAUCCUUUGCUGUCGAAAGCACCUUGGCCAGAUCGUCUUUGACGAAGUCGAUUUCCUACCCAGCAGUUUGUGCUCUGGGUUUCCGUAUCUCAUAUCCACCCAAUCCGGAAAGUCGUAUUUGUGGAAGGGAAAAGGAAGUGGUAUCGAGGAGCUGAGCUGUGCUAGACUUAUUGGGAUGGAUUUCGGUCUGACCGGGGAGAUCGAGGAGGUGGAGGAUGGCAAAGAGCCGGCGUCCUUCCUGCAAAUGUUCGUCGGCAAAGCACAUGAUACUGCAAUUCCCAAGUCCGCAGAUCAUUGGAGGCUCAAACCGAAUUACACCAAAUACUCAACACGACUAUUUCGCUCGCAUUCGUCUGCCAAGGAGCAGAUCACAGAGAUCAGUCCAUUCUGCAUCCAUGACCUAGAGCCUGAAAGCAUUUACAUCCUUGAUGCAUUCUUCGAAAUCUACAUUCUUGUGGGUUCGAUGGCGCAAUCGCAAUUUUCAGCCUUCCAGCACUCCCUCAUGUUUGCGCAGGAGUAUGGCAUUCUUGCAGCGGGUAUGGAGGAUCGACCAUUUGUUCCGGUGACGACGAUUGUGCUAGGAGGUGUUCCGAAGGACAUGAGGGCUGUCUUCCGCAAAUGGAAAGACGCCUUGUCGCCGACGGAGAUGAAGGCUAUGGGAACUCCUCUGCAAAGAGGGAGAAGUCUGCGAGUCGUGCCCCUGACGGCUGCGUUGGAGGCUACUCGGAACUGAAUGCCAUUGACGGCUUUUGGAGAUGGCGACGCUGUACGAUCAGAGACGCUCACGAGACAAACGUGUGGAUUGGAUUAUGUUGUACGAAGCAUUGUUUCUCUGUAAAUAUUAGGGGAGUAAGUCAUCUCGGCAGUGGUCGUCUCGGAUGGCUUUAGGACAUUCACAGAGGUAAUGAGACAUUACCAUAGCUGAACUGAACUCUCGUCCAAAUAAGGUUUCAAGAAGAUAUCAUCCCGUAA